AUGGUUCUUCACGUCACUGUCAUUGGAGCCACAAAUUUAGAGCGAAAACAUUCCGAUUCUUCCUAUUCAUCAGAUCCUUUCGUAGUGGUCUCAUUAGAUCACAAACAAUUUGCAAAUGGUGACUAUCAUUUCCGAACGUCUGUUCAAAAGAAUACUUUAAAUCCUCAAUUUAAUGAGACAUUUCAAUUCACACUUCCGAAAAAUUCAUCUUUCGGUUCGAUUGAUGUCAUCUUCGAAGUAUACGAUUGGAAAGUGAUUGGAAAAAAUGCUUCGAUGGGACAAGCUCAAGCGAAUUUAUCAAUUUUGAGGAGACAAUUGAAAACAGUAUGUGAAUGCACAUCGAAAGCAAACACAAGUUUGUCAUUGAUCUCUUCGAAUGGAAAUGUUAAUAGCGCAGCAUUAGGAUCAUGUGAUUGUUCAUGCUGCAUGAAAGCAAUGUCUAAAGGCAUUGUGACAAGUGACAGUACUCAACAGCAGCCAUGUGAAACAACCUCAUGUAGUGACAGUCGUAUGAAGAACAUUAAUUUAAUGUCUACUCUUAUGAGUAACAGCAUUGAAGGAAUUCCUUCUUCUUCUUCUUUAACAUCAUCGUCUUCUUCGCUUUAUCACACUUUGGAUACCACAAAUAGUAUUACUAGUAUCAGUGAUAACCGUCAAAUACCAAAUCCGUCUGAUGUCACUUCUCCUCACAAUUCUAAAAUUCAAGUAUCAGAACGAAAAUGUACGUGUCACCAUCGAAAAAUAUAUAAACGAGAGCCACAACGACUGAAAUUAGAAUUGAUUGGAUACAUGCAUAAAGGAAAUUCAUUUAUUGAGGUGGAACUGAUGGCAGAUGAAAAUGACUUUAAGAAGUGUCAUUAA